AUGAAUUGCAUUUCAUUAUGUAAAUCAAUUCGAAUUCUUUAUAUUCCACCAUAUUAUGAAAAUCAUUUUGAAUUAACACUUGAUAGAUUAAUAACUCGUGAUAAAUAUGUCGAAUAUCAAGUAUUUACUAUCAAUAAAAAAUUUAUAACGAUAGAUUUUAAUUUUUUAUUAUCGAUGUGUAGAAGUCUAAUCAAUGAUGAACAUAUACAAAUGCUUAUUACUGAUAGUUAUAUAGGUCAAUUAUUAAUAGCUAAAUUAUGUCAAGAAUAUUCACAAAUACAUAAUGGUGGAAUGAAUGUUUUUCAUACACUUCAAUGUAUAAAUAGAUAUUUAAUAACAGAAUUAUUUGAUAUUGAGGAAUGUAUACCAACAUUAUGUAUUGAAAUAAAAGAAGAUUGGAAAAGAAAUUUUCAAAUUGUAGAAACAUUUUUAUCAAAUAAUAAUAUUGAUGGUUUUAUGAAAUCAUUAUAUAGUUUUGAUAAUCAAUUAUGUAGUUUUCGUUUUUCAAAUUGGAAAAAUCAUAUGGAAAUAAUUAAUACUUAUAUUGAACGUUAUAAACAACAAUAUAUGACAAGUCUUUUGCCAUUUUUUCGUGUUUAUAUAUCAAGAAAACAAUAUCCAUUUAUUUUUAAACCAAAUUAUCUUAUUCAACCUUUUUUUGAUCUUGUUACAUAUCCACAUUGGCGUCUUAUUAUUGCUAGUGCAUGUAUAUAUGAAAAAGAAAUUAUUAUGUGGCCUCUAGUUGAUGGUUAUUCUGGAUGGUAA